UUCAGUUUUUUUUUUGUUCAAUUUCAAUGUUGGGGAGCUUAAACCAUUGUUGUUCUUCAGUAUCACCACAGUCCACAAAGCCAAUAAGCUCAUCAAUGAACUUCGCAACUUUGAGAAGAUCAAUUUCUUACAAUCUUCUUCAAAGAGCUUUUCCAAUUCGUGCUUAUUGCACUGUGUAUUGUUCAAAUUCAAAGCGUAAUAAUUUGUUUUCCAGAAUUAGCCCUGUGAGGCAUGCGGAUCUCAUAAUUCCAGUUCUGGAUGAAUGGGUGGAUGAGGGCAGAAAGGUCACUAGUUUCGAGCUUCAACGCAUUGUUCGUGAUCUCCGUAGCCGGAAACGGUUUUCUCAAGCUCUCCAGGUUUCAGAGUGGAUGAGUGUAAGAGGUCUUUGCCCUUUCAAGUCAGGAGACUGUGCUGUGCAUUUGGAUCUUAUUGGUGUUGUGCAUGGUUGGGAAGCUGCAGAGUGCUACUUUAAUAACCUUACCGAUGAACAGAAGAAUGAUAAGACUUCCGGUGCUCUCUUUAACUGUUAUAUUAGAGAACGCCUGGUUGAGAAGUCCCUAGCCCAUUUUCAGAAAAUGAAGGAACUUGGUUAUGCUCACUGCACUCUUGUUUACAACAAUCUCAUGUGCCUUUACAGAAGUACUGGCCAACUUGAGCAAGUCUCUGAUGUGCUAUCAGAGAUGAAGGAGAAUGGUGUCACCCCUAAUAACUUCAGCUAUCGGAUCUGCAUCAAUUGCUGUGGAGAAAGAGCUGAUUUUAGUGGUAUGGAGAAGCUUCUUGAAGAAAUGGAAAGUCAGCCUUUCAUAUCAGUGGACUGGAUCACCUAUUCCAUGAUGGCUAAUGUUUAUAUUAAAGCCAAGUUCAAGGAGAAAGCUCUUAUUUUCUUGAAAAAGUUAGAAGAUAGGCUACAUAAAGAUCCAAUAGGUUACAAUCAUUUGAUCUCCCACUACGGAAAUCUAGGCAAUAAGGAAGAGAUGUUGCGAUUGUGGGGUGUACAUAAGGUUGUGUGUAAAAAGCAAAUUAACAGGGACUACAUCACCAUGCUAGGUUCCUUAGUGAAGCUUGGUGAACUAGAGACAGCUGAGACCGUGCUAAAAGAGUGGGAGUCAUCUUGCCGCACCUACGAUUUUAGAGUGCCAAAUAUCCUUCUAAUUGGAUAUUGCCAGAAUGACUUAGUUGAUAAAGCCGAAACCAUGCUGCAAGAUAUAGUCAAGAAAGGUCAGACACCAAUCCCAAAUAGUUGGGCUAUCAUUGCUGCAGGGUACUUGAAUAUGAAUAAUAUGGAAAAGGCUUUUGAAUGCAUGAAAGAAGCUAUAGCUGUACGAGGAAAAAAUCCAGCAUGGAGACCAAAACCCCAUCUGGUGUCAAGCAUAAGUAAAUGGCUCGGUGACCAACAAGACGCUAGAGAAGUAGAGGCUUUCCUUAGCUCAUUAAAGACAGUAGUUACUGGAAAUAAAGACGUGCAUGAUGCCACUAGAAACACAGAAGCCAGUGGAAUAGAAGAAGAGAAUGAAAACGAAGAAAUUCUUAGCUAUGAGCAGAGCAAGUAAACUUCUGCCCAAGCCUGGACGAACAGGCGCCUGUCUCAUUUUCUCUAUUAUCCACUUCCAUAUGUUUGGAGAAAACGGAGAUAAAAAAGAGUAAGCCGCGCUGUUGUUACUGUUGAGGCUAGCUUUGUAUACUGUGAACUUAAUCAUUAUCUGUGCUUGAAGAUGUGUGUAGAGCAGUGAAGAACAAUGGUAC